UCAAAGUGUUCACACGCACUCGGCAAAAGUCCGAAAUAAAUUUUUGAUCUGAAAUUUUUGAAAUAAAUUGUUAGAUAUGGAUAGUAAUUCCAAAUAUGAAAGUGGCAAAAAAGCUUCAUUUUUUGGCGCACGACAUGUACAGUGCGUCAUGGUUUUUCUUGGCCUUACCGUCGCUUUCACACAACGUGUUAAUUUUUCGAUGGCAAUUGUAGCGAUGAUGGAUCGUAAUUCAACAAAUCCAGACUUUGAGGAAUACAAUUGGUCGGAGCAAACAAAAUCUUUGCUACUUAGCGGCUUCUUCUGGGGUUAUUUCAUGACCCAAAUACCCGGCGGUCAGUUGGCACAUAAAUAUGGUGGCAAAGUUAUGAUGCUCGUAAGCAUAGGCACUAGCAGCAUUUUGGCAAUACUCACACCACUCAGCGCACGCAUCGGCGAUUGGAAGUUACUCUUUGUAUUGCGUCUGGCACAAGGUCUCAUACAGGGUUGUAUUUUCCCCUCAACACAUACAAUACUUUCAAAGUGGGUGCCACCUGAGGAGCGCGGCUCCAUUGGCACCUUCUGUUUUACGGGCGUACAGUUCGGCAGUGUUGUUAUAAUGGCCGUGAGCGGCACUAUAGCUUCGUCUUCAUUUGGCUGGCCGGGCAUUUUCUACAUAUCCGGCUUGGCUAGCUUACUAUGGACCAUUGUAUGGUACUUCAUAGGUGCUAGCUCACCAAGCGAAUUCAAAUGGAUAUCGGAAGAUGAAAGAUUGUAUAUUGAAUCGUCAUUGAUGACAGCUACAAAGCCAGAGGAGGAGCAUGUACCUACCAAAACACCAUGGGUUAAGAUACUAACAUCGGUACCUUUCUUGGUCAUACUGGUGGCUCAAAGCACAUUCGCAUGGGGCUUCUGGACGCUGCUCAUACAAAUUCCGUCAUAUAUGAAGAACAUACUGGAACAGGAUAUCAAAACGAAUGCAUUAAUGUCUUCACUGCCAUAUCUCGUCAAUAUGUUGUUGACGUUCGCCUUUUGCGGCUUAAAUGAUUUCCUUAUCAAGCGUGAUUAUAUAAGUAUACAUACAAGUCGCAAACUAUUCAAUACAAUCGGCUUCUGGGUGCCAGUAGUACCACUAAUACUCUUGGGUUAUAUGCGUAAGGAUCAAAGUAAUUUGGCGCUUUGUUUGCUCGUCGUCACAAUCGGUGUAAAUUCAUCGGCGUACUUGGGUUUCCUAACUAAUCACAUUGAUUUGUCACCCAACUUUGCUGGCAUACUAAUGGGCGUGGCUAAUUGUAUGGCAAAUUUAAUGGGCGUUUUAGCGCCAUUACUUGUGGGCUUCAUUGUCACCGACACGAAAAAUGUGAAUCAAUGGCGUACAAUAUUUUACGUAACUGCGGCAUUUUACUUUGUUGGCAAUCUGCUAUUCAUUUUGUUCGGCCAAACCACAAUCCAAAAAUGGAACUAUCCCAAAGAAGAACAGGAGCAAAGAGAUCACAUCAAAUUCGAGCCAGUUAACGUAGAGAAAGCCGUGCAUUAAAGCGAAAUAAACAUUGACGAAUGCUCUGCACUGGACCAAAUUAAUGUAACAAUAUGAAGUAUGAAUCCAUCCACAUCGACAACGUCAGUAUUAUUUACAUAUUUUUUUAGUUAUAAAAUAGUAACAUACAUUUCAAAAUAAGCACAUAGGCUAAAUAAUAGCUAACUAUUGAGUUUCUUUUUUAGUGUAUAAUAUUUAUAAAUAAUUA